AUGUCAUUUUUCUAAUUUUUUUCGAGGGAGUCGAGAAUAUAAAUGACUAUAGCCCUCUCUCAAUGACUUUCAUUCAAUCAUUCGCCCCAAAAAGAAAUCAAUAAACCAGAAAAAUUAAUCAGAUCAUCUUCUCCGAUCCCAUGGCAGGAGUUCUUGAAGAACUGAAGUGGGAAGGGAAAUCCACAGCCAAGUGUCAGGGUCCAAAGCCACACCAAGUAUGGUCCGUCCUAAUCGACGACUUCUGCGACCUUCACAGAUGGCUCCCCUCCCUCGAUCGGUGCCACCAAGUCGACGGGGUGAAGGGAGAGGUCGGCCUGGUCCGUUACGUCGCCUCCGUCGAUCCGGCCGACUCCGGCGAGGAAAAGAAGGUCAAAAACUGGUGCAACGAGAGGCUGGUCAGCGUUGACCACCGCGAGCGGUGUCUGAGCUACCAAGUUCUGGACAACAACAUGGGGAUCGAGGGGUAUGUGGCCACGCUGAAGGUUUUCCCGGCGGCGGACGGAGACGGCGACGACGCCGGUUGCCGGAUCGAAUGGUCCUACGUGGCUGAUCCCAUUGUUGGGAUGACCGGCGAGGAAUUCUUUGGUUUCAUCGCAUCUAAUUUACAAGGGAUGGUUGGGACUCUCCAAAAAGCUUUUCCUUUGGAUCCUUAGCUUCAAGAAAAGUUUAAUUGAUGUGGCACCCAAAGUAGUAAGUUUCUCUAAAUAAAACCAAACAUGUUUCAUUUUUUCUAUGUCACAUAAUUUUAUAUGUUUUGUGAUAUAUGCUUAUUAGCAUUAAGUACGAAUGUGGUUAUUAGCAACAAGUGUGAUAAUAACUAUUCAAAUUGUCAUUUUUAAUAAUAUUUUAUUUUACUU